UUAACAGGAAGCGCAUUCUUCAAGCCCGGAGCUAUAGUGUGUCACUAUGGCUAUUAUAAUUCCGAGGACAGGGUCAUAUCUUACACUAUUUACCCGCUCUUUGUGCAGCAAUUUUCGUAGAUGCUCUUCCGUCAGCAAUACAUAUCUACCUGCUCCAAGGACUCAGAUUUAUUCCCAUUUUGAACAAGUGUCUCAAAUGUCAUCAGUUAUUGGCAAAUUUAUAACCUAUUCUGAAAAUGAGUUUUCCCUUUUCAUAGAACCAUUUCUCAAAGUCGAGUUAGUAGAAGAACUUAAAACCUUUGGUGACCUGUCACUUUUGAUUCGGAAACCAACAAUUAACAUGAUUAAGGACGUAAUUAACAUUCGAGAUUUACAGAAAGAAAGUUUCAAAAAGGAACCUGACUCCUCUAAAUCCGUCGCACUAGCUAAAUACUGUGUUCCACGCUUUGUACUUUAUGGCCAACCGGGGACUGGUGUUUCAGUCAUUUUGGGACAAAUUAUGUGUUUCGCCGGUAGAGAAAAAUGGCUUAUAUUUCCGUUCACGAGUUGUGAAAAUUUUCUGGAACCAUCAAAUGACAUUGCUCCUAGCAAUGAGUAUCACUAUAACCAACAUCGUGAGAAUUUUGUGGGUGAUGCUUUUGAUUUCCCAGCUCGUUCUGCUGAAUGGCUUAAAGUCUUUUUACAACUUAACCGACCAUUGUUUGAAAAGUUAAAACCAGUUGUAUCUCGACAAGUAGAAUGGACCAAAAAAGACAUAAUGCCCGAAGGAACAUCCUGGGUAGAUUUAAUAAAUUUUGGCAUCGCCAGGACCAAAUACGCAACGGAUUGUAUUGGAAUUUUAUUAAGAGAGAUGCGUCUACUAUCAUCUACUCCUGAUGGCCCUCCUUGUUUAUUGGUCAUCGAUGGUGUAAAUUUCCUGUGGUGUCGCGGUACUUUAUUAAAGGAUAAAACUCUUUCGGUUAAUGUUACUACUGAUCGAUUGGCAAUUGUACAUCAUUUGAAACGUGCACUAAGGGGAGACUGGCGUCAUGGUGUCAUAGUUACCUCUACAAAUAUUCGGGCGGCUUGGCCUACAGAUAGGGAACAAUAUACUCCUGGCAUACUCGUAUUGGCUGCUCUGUUUACCUCCGACGUUUAGCUAUAUUCACUGUGAUAUAACCCACCCUUGUUAAACACUGGGACACAUUAAAGUACAACAUUAUCUAUUGGGGAAAUCCGGUUUCGAAUAUAUGGAUCCAUUCAUUCCUGUUCACGUUGAAAAUUACACCCCAACAGAAAUUAAUGCCUUAUUAAGAUUUUAUGCAGAGAAUAAUUGGCUUACAAAUCCCGCCGCUUUUACACCAAACGGACAAGCUGAAUUAAUAUUUUUGUCUGAUUACAAUCCUCUGGAACUUAGCCGUUUAGCUGCUGAAUGGUAGACUAAUUGUAUCCUUAGAAUAUUAACUGAGUUGAAAAUUAUUAACCUUUUGUCUGUAUAUUUAAAAGACUAAAUAACAGUAAUCUCUGUCCUCUUUUAAAUUGGAUAUUGUAAAUAUCAGUGAAAUAAUCCUUUAAAUCUUUUGUACAGUUUCAGCUUUCUGAUAUUUAGUAAAAAAAAAUAAAGUAUUUUGAUGCG